UUAUUUUUAACACAUAUAUAUUUGUUCGUUGAAAUAUUUAGAUCUGUCUAUCCGCGCGAAAAUGUAUCUUUCCUUGAAGUCAGUUCAAAAUAAAUGCACAAAAGAUUGUUAAAAACAACUAACUUCAAAAACUAGAAUAACUUUUUCGUCAACUUUCCUCUCAUAACUUCAAAUUGAAGAUAUAAAUCAGUCCUCGAUAUGGUAAUUUUACAUGAUGAAGAGUAUUAUAAAAGUCGAAUACCGCAACCCGAUUUAGGACCUCUUCGAAACUUUCUGCGGUUUAUUUGGGAUAAUAAUCGAAAGACAUUUCUUGACAGAACAGCGAAAGAAUGGGGUCAACUAGGAAUAUUUUAUUUGUUCUUCUUUGCCGUUUUGGGAUCAAUAUUCGCAAUACAAAUGAAGAUCAGUAUAGAUUAUGUUUCUAAACUAGAUAGACCAUUUUUUCAAUACUCUGGUCAAAUUACACAAUCUAUUUCCGCAAGGAGCGUACGUCUUUCCCGUUCUGCCUUUGGUAGUCCAGGAAUAGUUUUUAAACCAAACAGCAUAUCAGCUGUAUCACCCAUUAUUGCCGUGAGCAAUUUGCUUAGCAGCACCAGACCGGACAGAUAUAUUCGAGCCUUGUCUGAUUUUUUACAAGAAUAUCAUAAGAAUAUGUCGGACUAUGACUUAUAUUGUCAGAAUAAACAUGCGAAGACAAAUCAUAAUAAAAAACCUUGCUUUUUUUAUAUAAAAUCUCUUGGAAUAUGUAGCAAGCCUCCAUACGGAUAUACAAAACCGUUCCAACCUUGUGUUCUUAUUAAAUAUAAUAAAAGGUUCGAUUGGAUACCUGAAUAUUAUAAUAAUUCUUCGAAUCUGCCAGAUCAUAUGCCAGAUAAAUUGAAGAAAGCAGUACGGGAAUCUACAAAGCCUUACAUUUGGUUAUCAUGCGAUGGAGCAAAUAACGUUGAUAAAGAACACAUCGGAGAAAUAGAAUACAUUCCAUAUCCUGCAUUUCCAGUCCAAUAUUUUCCAUUUACCGGACAACCAGGUUAUCUCUCCCCUAUUGUUGCAUUAAAAUUUAGAAAUUUAACACGAAAUAGACUAGUAACAGUGGAAUGUUAUUUAUGGGCUUACAAUAUCGAACAACGUCACCGUUAUUCAUUAGAUUUUCAAAUAAUGACAGGUAAAACAAGAGAGAAAACUUAUUGGCAAUUUACUAUUUCUAAUAAUUCGUUUGUUUAAUAACAAGUUAAUUUUUUAUUAGGGAAUUAAAUUCGCUAUACAAUUAUGGAGGGCGAUAAGAAUUUUUUGCUAUUUUUAUGAUAUAAAAUCGUACGAAAUAUUUUAAAUAUGUAUAAGGAUAUAAAAGACAAAUGCGAAGAAAAAAUUUUGCUCGUCGGCAAUUCAAUUUUUGUCAUUUAAUUGCAAUAAUAUCCGACCUUAUGCGCGGCCAUGCAGGGAGAUUCAUUCCAACUAAAACGUGUGAAAUCCAAUUUACAGUAAAGCGUGAUCCACGGUAUGUUUUAUGUAUCUUACGAUAAGAAACACGUGAAAUAGUUUGACCUUCGCUGCUUCUGAUCUGUACGCGAUUGCAUAAUCUAAAAUCGAAAAGAUAAAAUCUAAUACCUCGUGAUAUAAUUGCCGCGUAUCAUUUGAAUGAAAACGAGGUACAAUACGAAUUAAUAAAUCACUAUCUAAGAAAUUGUGAAAGAAAUUGACGGAGACGAUUAAAAAUAUGAGAUAGCAAUUUGUAGAGUAAAUUUGAAGCGUAAAUACACUUUUUACUUCGAACAUAGUUACGAAAAAAAUAUAUUUGCUGUAUUAAUUUAACAACUAGUAAGUAAUAAUAGAAUUUACGAUUUAAAUGUAAAUUUUAAAAGCCAUCAUUUGCAAUAAAAUAGCUUAUUAAUCGAUUAUACAGAAUAGUACGAAUUCUUGAUAAUUUCCAUAAAUCUAGUACGCAUAGAUUGCGUCGAUAUAAAUGACGUACAGAAAAUACUCGGUGAUUUACUUGUGUAUUCACUGUAUAUUAAAAUAUCAACGAUGUUUAAGCGGUAUUUUCCGUAAACGAGGACAUACUGCGAUCGUCCUGUUACGAGCGUUAUACAGGCACUUUCAAAGU